UGGACACUUAAAUAAUUACGCCAAACAAAUACGAAAAUUAAACGGUAGUGCAUGUUUUUAUUUUGCUGUUAGCGGUUAAAUUAUGGCAAAUUUAACAUACAGUCCGGCAAAUCCUUAUCGAAAUGUCACGACUGUAUUACGACCAGAGCCAAGACUAUCGGCCGAAGGACGAUUAUUGGGCUGGGAUGUGCCACCAGAUGAAAUACGUCAUAUACCCGAACAUUGGCUGCAAUACCAAGAGCCUCCUGAGUCUAUGCAUUAUCUUUUAGCCAUGCUAUACAUAUUCUUUACCAUAUUAUCAUUAACUGGCAAUGGUCUGGUCAUAUGGGUUUUCACAGCAGCCAAAUCAUUGCGCACUCCCUCCAACAUGUUGGUGGUAAAUUUAGCUCUGUGCGAUUUCUUUAUGAUGGCCAAAACCCCGAUAUUCAUUUAUAACAGUUUUAAGCGUGGCUUUGCAUUAGGAAACAUGGGCUGUCAGAUAUUUGGCAUUGUGGGCUCGUACACGGGCAUAGGAGCUUCCACCACUAAUGCUUUUAUAGCCUAUGAUCGCUAUAAUGUUAUAACACGGCCAUUGGAGGGUAAAAUGACUCACGGCAAGGCGAUUAUAAUGAUACUUUUUAUUUAUAUGUAUGCCACACCGUUUGUUGUGGCAUGUGCCACCGAAAGUUGGGGACGUUUUGUACCGGAGGGCUAUUUAACAUCCUGCACUUUCGAUUAUCUAACUGACAAUUUCGAUACACGCCUCUUUGUUGGUACCAUUUUCUUCUUUAGCUUUGUGUGUCCCACCACCAUGAUCAUCUACUAUUACAGUCAAAUUGUGGGACAUGUCUUCAGUCACGAGAAGGCGCUGAGGGAUCAAGCAAAAAAAAUGAAUGUUGAAUCAUUACGCUCGAAUGUGGAUAAAAGCAAAGAUACAGCGGAAAUUCGUAUUGCCAAAGCAGCCAUAACAAUAUGUUUUCUAUUCUUUGUAUCGUGGACACCGUAUGGUGUGAUGUCUUUAAUCGGAGCUUUUGGCGACAAAAGUCUACUAACACCGGGCGUCACAAUGAUACCGGCUUGUGCCUGUAAAAUGGUAGCCUGCAUCGAUCCAUUCGUAUAUGCAAUAAGUCAUCCAAAAUAUCGUAUGGAAUUGCAAAAACGUCUGCCCUGGUUGGCCAUAAAUGAAAAAGCACCCGAAGCAUCGAGUACGGCCUCAACGACUGGCUCUGCACAACAACAGGAUCAAAGUCAGCAACAAUCCACAGCGGCUUAAAAACUAAUUUUAGUUUGUAGUUUAUAUUAAAUGUGAUAAAAUUUAAGUUAUAGUAUGUAUAAAUUGUAGUGUGUAUAGUUAAUAAUUAAUUGGACUAAUGAUGACGACUCUUUUCUGAAAAUGGUUUUCGCUUAAUAUGCUGAUAUCCGUGGCUGAUUGACCUAUUUAAUAAUGUAUAAAGGACUGCUUUCGAUUUUAAUGGUUCAAUGGAAAUAUUCAAAUAUGACAGUUUUAAGUCAUGUUUAAUAAUUUAUGUAUACACUUAAUAAGUAUACAAUUAAUAAGUAAUUAAGAAAAAUUUAUUUAUUUGUUGUAGUUGUUUUUAUUUAAAAUCCAAAAAUGGAUUUUACUACCAUUUAAUAAAUAGACUUUACUGCAUA